AAGAGGGAUAAAAAAAAGUGCUAUAAAGAUUAGUCUACCCCUUUUAGCAGAACAUGUAAUGUUCAGUUAGCAUAGAAGUGGAUAUAUGAUAUAAGCUUUAAUGACUUUUUCACGGUUUCUCGUUCUUAGUCUCAUUUCCAUUCUGCUGAGUGGUCAUCACUCCACAGCUCAGGAUGAUAAAAAGACUUACAUUGUAUAUAUGGGUGAUAGUACUCCUAAUAAAGAUGAGAUUUCCACUUCAGAUCUUCACAUUAGCAUGCUACAAAAUGUUGUUGGCAGUGAUAUAGCAAUAGGAUCUCUUCUCCAUAGCUAUAAAAGGAGUUUCAAUGGAUUUGUCGCCAAGCUAACUCGGAAAGAAGCACAAGAAAUAGCUGGAAAGGAGGGUGUAGUGUCUGUAUUCCCUAGCGAAAAGCAGAAGCUGCAUACAACAAAGUCAUGGGACUUCAUUGGAUUUCCACAGCAAGUUAAACGAAGCACUCUCGAAAGUGACAUCAUAAUUGGAGUUUUAGACACUGGAAUUUGGCCCGAGUCCUCUAGCUUUGAUGACAAAGGUUUUGGUCCACCACCUACCAAAUGGAAGGGUUCUUGCCAAGUCUCCUCCAAUUUUACCUGUAACAAAAAAAUCAUUGGAGCAAAGUACUAUCGUAGUGAUCCGUUUGACAACGAAGAUAUGGAAGAAUUCAAGUCCCCAAGAGACUCAAAUGGGCACGGGACACAUACAGCUUCAACAGCCGCUGGAGGCUUGGUUAGCGAAGCUAGUCUUUCAGGGUUUGCCUAUGGAACGGCCCGAGGAGGAGUGCCCUCAGCUCGCUUGGCCAUCUACAAAACUUGCUGGUUCGAUGGGUGUAAUGAUGCUGACAUUCUUGCAGCAUUCGAUGAUGCAAUUGCCGAUGGUGUCGAUGUGAUUUCUGCCUCUUUCGGAUCUCUUUCCGGAGAUUAUUUCAAGGAUGCUAUCGCCAUUGGUGCUUUCCAUGCCAUGAGAAAAGGAAUUCUAACUUCGACUUCGGCUGGGAAUAGAGGUCCUUCACCAAUGAGUCUCAACAACUUUUCUCCUUGGUCUAUUUCUGUGGCUGCAAGCACCAUUGAUCGAAAAUUCUCUACCGAUGUUCGAUUUGGUGACGAUAAGGUGUAUCAGGGAACAUCAAUAAAUAUAGUCGAUCUUAAGGAGCAGCUUUUUCCUAUGAUAUAUGCUGGGGAUGCAAUGAACACUUCGAGUGAAUUCUACUUUCCAACAAGAUCAUAUUGCUUUACCGAUUCAUUGGACCAAAACAAGGUAAAGGGUAAAAUCAUCUUUUGUGACGUCUAUUUUGGGGACAAUUUGAAUGGAGUAGUUGGCGUUGUCGCGCCAGCUAGCAGUGGCGGAGCUGCCAGGGGUGACGUAGCUUCCGUCUUUCCUGUGCCUACAUCCAUACUUAAACCAGAGGACGGUAGCAAAGUUUAUGUCUAUUUAAACUCCACCGGAAAACCUACUGCAUCGAUAUCGAGGAGUAAAGAAGGACCUAAUAAGCUGGCCCCGUACAUAGCUUCAUUUUCAUCAAGGGGUCCCAAUCCAAUCACCCCUAAUAUUCUUAAACCAGAUUUAGCAGCCCCGGGAGUUAAUAUCUUAGCAGCUUGGCCUCCGUACGCUUCACAGACAAGAGAGGCACUGCCUUACAAUAUUAUUUCUGGGACAUCAAUGGCCUGCCCGCAUGUGUCUGCUGCAGCUGCGUACGUCAAGUCGUUUAACCCCACGUGGUCUCCUGCCGCCAUCAAGUCUUCCCUUAUGACCACCGCUAAUCCAAUGAGUGCGGACCUUAAUCCUGAUGCCGAAUUUGCUUACGGAUCCGGACAAGUAAACCCUCUUAAGGCUGCAAAUCCUGGCUUAGUAUACGACAUCGUUGAAGCCGACUACGUAAAAUUUUUGUGUGGACAAGGCUACAAUGCCAAGUUAUUGCAAAUAGUUACCGGAAGCCCUAAGAGCUCAUGUCCAAAAACUAUUGCCACCCUGAAUGGGACAACUCCAGACCUUAACUAUCCUGCUUUUGUUCUUUCUGCCCCACUUUCACGUCCUAUCGACCAUGUUUUUUAUAGGACUGUCACGAACGUUGGGUCACCCACAUCCAUGUACAAAGCCAACUUGGUAGCCCCAACAGGACUCAAUAUUACUGUGAUCCCAAGUGUCAUUUCAUUCACGUCUCUCGGGGAGAGCCAAUCUUAUACGGUGCGGGUGUGGGUGCAGGCAAUUAUGGAUAAGAAACUUAUGUGGUCUGCUUCACUGGUUUGGGAUGAUGGUACUCAUCAAGUGAGGAGCCCUAUUGUUGUCUACUUAACAAUAUAAAAUUAUAUAAUAUAUAUAUAAAUAUAUAAAUACCGAACUAGUCUCUCAUGACGUGUGAACCGUCGGAUUGGUGAUUUGAUCUGGCUCUUUCAAUGGUAAUGAGAGAGUGUAAAAUUUGGUGAAAAGGUGUAGCUGGUUUUGUGGGUGUAAGGGAAAUGUAAUAAAACAAGUGGGAUUAUGUUUGCAACCUAAGACUAUAUAAGGACACCCGACUAAUUAUAAAAAAUUAAAUCAUUUCUAA